AUGGCUCGGUUCUGGUGGGGUUUCAAAAAAGAUGGUCAUUCUAUGCAUUGGAAAAAUUGGAAUGCUUUGUGUCGGAGUAAGUUAGAAGGGGGUCUUGGGUUCCGUAAUUUUAUUGACUUCAAUCAAGCGCUGCUUGCCAAACAGGCUUGGAGAUUGGUUGAUAACAAUGACUCACUCCUUUAUCGCACCCUUUACCAUCGCUACUUUAGCCGCUCAACUUUCCUUCAAGCUAGACUGGGCCAUAAUCCUCCCUAUACUUGGCGUAGUAUUUUAUGGGGUAGGGACCUCUUGGUUAAAGGCCUUUGUUGGAAGGUGGGUACGGGAUCUUCCAUUUCUUGUGCCUCCGAUCCUUGGCUUCCUGGUACAACGAACUUUGCACCUGUUCUUUGUAUGGAUGCUAACAAUGAUCUUAGAGUUUCUGACUUGAUUACAGCUGAUCGUACUUGGGAUUAUGUUGCUCUUCAUCGACACUUCUGUUCAUAUGAUAGUGAUCGUAUUCUGAGCAUACCUUUGAGUCUUCAUGCUCCUGCGGAUAAACUCAUAUGGUAA